UCCCCCUGAAAGUCCAACGUCAUGCCUCACUCAUUCGGUUACCGAGGUCGCACUCGCGACAUGUUCAAGCGUGGCUUCAAGGAGGCAGGUCAAAUUCGAAUCUCCACCUACCUCCGAACAUACCGUGUUGGUGACAUCGUUGAUAUCAAAGCCAACGGUGCCCAACAGAAGGGUAUGCCUCACAAGUACUACCACGGUCGAACGGGUGUUAUUUACAACGUAGCCCCCCGUGCUGUGGGUGUCAUUGUCUACAAGGUCGUCGGUAACCGAUAUCUCGAGAAGCGAGUGAAUCUACGAGUCGAGCACGUCAAACACUCCAAGUGCCGAGACGAUUUCUUGAACCGAGUGAAGGAGAACGCAAAGCUCAAAUCGGAAGCUAAGGCCCGAGGAGAGACGAUCGUCGUCAAGCGUCAGCCAGCUGCUCCCCGUGAAGCCCGGACCGUGUCCACACAAUCUAACGCUCCCGAAACUCUGGUUCCUAUCCCAUACGACACAAAGAUCUAAACAACCAUGUACUCUUUCUCCGAUUCAAUUAUAUUAAUCAUAUACGAGGGAGGUUGUGACUUU